AUGCCAGUGAACUUGGAUAAACAUGCAAAGGCCGGGAAACCGUACUACUUGGCGCUUGGGCUCGAGGGAUCGGCCAAUAAGUUGGGAGUCGGGGUCAUUAAACACCAUCUAGGACAAUUAAGUGAAACCAAUCGAGCAGAAAUCUUAUCAAACGUUAGAGAUACUUAUGUGACUCCACCAGGAGAGGGUUUUUUACCCCGAGACACUGCCCGUCAUCAUAGAAACUGGGUGGUGAGGAUAAUCAAACGGUCGUUGAAGGAAGCAAACAUUGAUCGUAAAGAUUUGGACUGUAUUUGUUUUACCCAGGGUCCAGGAAUGGGGGCCCCAUUACAAAGUGUUGUUAUUGCAGCAAGAACGGUUGCCCAAUUAUGGGACUUGCCAUUGGUGGGAGUGAAUCAUUGUGUUGGACAUAUUGAAAUGGGUAGAGAAAUCACUAACGCCCAAAACCCCGUGGUUUUAUACGUUAGUGGAGGAAAUACUCAGGUGAUUGCAUACUCAAGACAACGAUAUAGAAUAUUUGGAGAAACGUUGGAUAUUGCCAUUGGGAAUUGCUUGGAUCGAUUUGCAAGAACAUUAAGAAUUCCAAAUGAACCUGCUCCAGGUUAUAAUAUUGAACAAAUGGCUAAAAGGGGGAAGCAUUUGGUCCCACUACCAUACACUGUUAAAGGUAUGGACUUGUCGAUGUCGGGGAUCUUGGCCCAUAUCGACUUAUUGGCAAAAGACUUAUUCAGUAAUAAUAAAAACAAAAAACUCAUCGAUGAUGAAACAGGAGAAUUGAUAACUCCAGAAGAUCUUUGUUUCUCAUUACAAGAAACCUUAUUUUCCAUGUUGGUUGAAAUCACCGAGAGGGCAAUGGCCCAUGUACAAAGUAACCAAGUUCUUAUAGUAGGAGGAGUAGGUUCUAAUGAAAGACUACAAGAAAUGAUGGAACUAAUGGUUAAAGAUCGUCAAAAUGGUUCCAUUUUUGCAACCGAUGAAAGAUUCUGUAUAGAUAAUGGGAUAAUGAUUGCCCAUGCUGGUUUAUUAAGUUAUAGAAUGGGCCAAACAAAUGAAUUAUGGAACACCGUUUGCACCCAACGGUUCAGAACCGAUGAAGUCUUUGUUGAAUGGAGAGAUGAUUAA